UCUCCUCCCUUUUUCCAGUGAUGCAUGCGACACGCCCCGCGCUGCUGACGGCUCUGUCAAAAAGCUUUUAUUUUGGUAAUGGCACAUGGCAGCGCGAGCGUUUAUCAGUGAUUGCACCGCGCACGCAGCCUCAGGUAGUGUUCGUGUGUGAAACAGCGCGAGUCAGUCAGUCAGGCAGAGACAGAGAGGAUCUCCAGCUCUUCAGUGUCGCCUCAGUGUUUCCAUAUUGACUACAGGAACUUAUUAAGCGUCCUUCUCGCAGGUUUUUGGACGUUUUUUCUGGGAGCGUUUGUGAAGUAAACUAACCUGCUCAGUUUUUGGGUGUGUGCUCAGCGGUUUUGUCGAGGAGCGUGAGAGAUUACACAGGUGGAGAAGGUGCUCAAAUUAACCUGCCCUCACCUUGGUAAGUGAAAAACAGUGAAAGUGUUUAUUUCUCCUUGUCUUUCUCUCUGUGUGUGUGUUUGAGGCAGUGAAAAUGAUCCAAACUCUUGUGGUUUAUUUGUUUAUAUGCUGAGUGAGAGCACAUUCCUCCUCUUUUUUUUCUCUUUUAUUCCAUCCUAUUGUUAUAUUUCUGUUUUGAAACUUGAGUGUUAUGAUGUUUUAUGGAGGGUUACUUGAUUUAUUAAACUUUAUUGUUGUCUUUAAACCACUGAGACUCAUAACCGUUCAUAAAUGGUGUGGGAACCUCAGAGGAAAAGCAGUGAAGCUUUGCUAAAUUAUGAUUGAUGCCAAGUAUGUGAGCAGUUAAAGAGUGCAGCACCCACAUAUGAGCUGUUUUGGCUAAUGGUGCAUGUAUGAGUGGAAAUUUAAAGUCAGACUUAGUGACUACAAGUUAGAGCCCACACAGAGAGAUGGUUUCCACCCUGACAGUAUAUCUGAAUUGAGGAGAGCAGGUAUUUUAACACAUUAGGCCGUCAGGGUGAUUUGUGGAGGGGCUGGGCCAGGUGCAACCUCAGGAAGCAAUAAGUCAGUAUUUCUGUCACAUUGGUGGCGGGGCUGUUAUCGCCUUUCUCCUCCUCUUUAAGUGGCCUGUUCAAGGUGAUGACACUGAGUAAGCUUUCCUACACAGUAAUUCAAAAUCGUCUGUCUUUUGUUGUCGGUGUCUAGACAUUGGUUGUACCUUUUGCCUCUCUCAAUCAAAUGUUCAUUCAUGAAUACAUCUCAGCAGGUGGGAAAGCACUAAAAGGUGUUUCUCAGCGCUCUUGUAACCAGAAGAGUCCCAGUGGAACCUCCACCGCCUGCUGUUUGUGUACCCAGUCCAUUGUGACUGUGCCUUUCAUGUGCCUGCUCCUCAACCCUCCUCUCACUUUAUAUUGUGUGUAUUUCAGAAGAGUUUUGGGCAGGGAACACUUUGCUGUUCCUGAGAUAUAGGAUAGCUUAAAACCAUCAAAGAACCAAAAACACGCCACUGUAAUUUUGGACAGAGCAAAGCGGUUGUCUUUUCAAGAAAACAGUGAAGAAGCCAGAGUCGUAACUUUCUAACUCAGGGUAGGAAUCUUUUUUGUUUGUUUUACACUUGCACUGAGGUUUUCAAAGAAGAACAUUUCAGCCUGGUUUUUACAAAAUACCACUGUUUUUAUAUAGCACACAGUCUAAAACCAGCAGCUGUGAUGAGCAUGUGCACAGUUAUGCAGGAAGUUACUCGGUCUGUUUUGUCUGAAUGAUGAAGGUGGUUCUUUGGCUCUUGUUUUAGAAGUGUGGUUUUCAGAUUUAGCUAAAGCAGAGGCGUCACAGGAUGCUGAUUCCUAUUUCUUCCACAUUACGUCUUGAAACAUGGUUUGUUGGUUUGAAAAUGUGCUACACUGUAAGAGAAAAGCAGUUUCUAACUUGUUUCUAAACGGACAGAAUUGCACGAGUGUGGAUGUUACAGGCAAAGUGCUGGUUGGUGUCUUUUUGUAAGGAGCAGCCAAUGGUGCAUGCAUGCAGAGGAUGUGGUUAAGUGGUCUGAUUUGCUGAGCAGCAGAGUGCUGCCAGUGUGCAGUGAACAGCAGGAAAGUGAUCUCUACAUUAAGAUGGUACAGAGGGAGAUAAGUGAAGCUGGUACCAUGUGUCUUUGUCUUUUUAGAGAACUUAGCCCACGGUGGAAACAACUGCUCCAAAAAGGUUAUAUAACCGUAGAGUACAGGAAGGAAUAGAGAUGCUCCAUCCGUGUUGGUGUUGGAGAAACUCCAGCAGUUCACCACACUGAUAUGUAAUGGCGAUAAAAUUUUGGUCUGAGCGAUGAUAAAAUACGACUCUGUCUGCUGAAGUGCACCAAAGGGACUCUUUUCAACACUUCCUUAGAAACUGGAGAGACUCAAAGUAAAACGUCUCUAUUUAGUGUUUUACUGGUUUGACUUCACAGGUCUGUUUGUUUAGAAGACGAAGAGACCUCUGUGGACAUUUCUGCUCGUCAAAAAGCCCUGUGGCCGUUGAACACGAGGGGAAACUAAUGUAAAAUAACUGAGUUCAUAGAAACAAGCCGAGCCAGUGUUAGCAGAAGCUCACUCUACACAUGCUAUGUCCACUGUAGAGCAUUAGGAAAACAUUUGUGUACAACUUCAAACUAAACUGUCUUAAACUUUACCAGAGGGAUCAUCUGGUUUCUUGGGUAACCCUCAAAUUGGAAAUAUUCACAGAUUUUACGGACUUUUAAACACUGAUAUUUUUCAGGAUCAAAAGCAUUGGGAAAACAUUUGUGUACAUCUAGGGAUGGGAAUCGAGAACCUGAUCUUGUUGCGAACCGGCUCAAAAUGGUUCAAUCCAUCGACAUCAUAUAUACAUUUAUUCUUAACGAUUCCUUUAACGAUUCCUUUCUUAUGGGUGCCUUGACAAAUGGUCUCGUUUGCAAAAACAUGGUAGAUGGUACGAAAAGUAGGCAGAAACGAUCUCAAGUGUGGCUUCAUUUUACGAAGAAAGACAACAACGGGUUUUGUAUGGAAGUUUUUAGUUCGACCUGACCUAAAAACCCCUCAAAAUUUUGCGUGAGAUUCCGCCCCGCAUAGUAGUGUCCUCUUUUUGGGGAUCCAGGAUAUGGUCACCCUGAUUUGACUUAAUACUGACCAAAGUAAAUGCUGUACAAAUAGUUUGUCGUUUGAUUAUUUUUAGACUCUCACUGAAGGUGGCAAACAUCUUUUUCUGUUAUCAGAGACUCAAUCAAAUUUUGAGUUAAUGGUGAAAACCUGUAGUCUAAGUUUUUUUAAAUCAAAGAAAGGCAUUGAUUAGGGAAUUGUUAAAGAAUUGAAUCGAUAAGCAGAAUCGAUAAUGGCAUCGAUAUCGAUAAAAUCUUAUCAAUUCCCAUCCCUAUGUACAACUCAACUGUGCAGACAAACUUUAGCACAACUAAACUUAACUAGAACAAUCAUCUGGUUUCUUGGCGCUUUAUUUGUCAACACCGUACCCCUCAAAUUGGAGAUAUUUACAGAUUUUAUGGACUUUUAAACACUGAUAUUACUCAGGCUCUUAAACAAAUAUUACAACCAUAUAUUUCGUCAUCUCAUCCACACCUUUAUUACGCUUAUAGGCUUGUGUUUCAGCACGUUAAAUCCUUUAGAAGCGUGCAUCAGUGUUUUCACACCGAACAGGGAGUAACCUCAAAAAUUACAGGUAUGCUUCCAUCUGUAAUUAUCUUGAUGACACACAAGCGAUUAGCGAUCUAUAUAAUGAUACAGAAACCGAUCGGCCAACGCCCCUUUUGACAUCAUUUGUUGUUGUUUGAUAUGUCUUCAUCACCUUGGUGACUGCAGCUUUAUCUGACCAUAUGGGUGUGAUUUGAAGGAUGCCUUGAAUUUUAUUUCCCUGUACUCAGUCCAGGGAGAGGCCUGCUGCUGCAUUCCUCUCCUUUUAAUUCAAAGGGCGUGUGUGUCCAGGUAGGUGUCGACCUGUCAGAGCACUGCGUCACACACACACACAUACACACAGGGCAGAGUCAUCAGCAGACUGCAGCGCUUGCUGAGGGCAGCGGAAAGUUCACACUGGUGCGUGUGGCCACCAGUAAAGAGCACUGACAGGUGUGAUUCACGCCAGGAAUAUUCCCCCGCAGCCACAAUAGUUCAUCCGAGAAUAUGCGCUGUCUUUGCAUCAAAGCUCCCAGCUGAACGUUUUUAAAGUCUGUUAUGUUCAUCAGCCAUUCUUUCUGUAUUAGCACGCCGGAGAGUCGGUGCUUGUUCAGUUCAAUCCAGUGGAUUUUGGCCCCGAGUUCAAGCCGAAGACAAACAGUCUCAGCUAUGAUCUGCAGUCAUUUAGGGAAAGGGUGAAGAGUUGGUGCUCAGGUGUGGCUGCCAGACGUUUCAUUCUGCAGAGGUGUAGUCUGCUCUCCUGUUAGUUAAUCUAAUCCCUUUAGCGUUUGUGAAUGUUUCACCUCCACCACAGUACAUGUGGUAACACUGUUCUCUCAAUCGCUUCAGUCCUCAGAAUAAAUGUGUUUUUAAUUCUCAGGAUUAGCUCUAUGGUAUUAUAGUGAUGCGCAUGCUAUUGUUCGGUUUCACUCCAAAUUUAUGAUCUUUUUAUAACCGUCGACGUGUGAACCGGUUGCUAUCCUUGUGUUGUGGGGACAUGUUGAUCGAAGUUAAUGAAUCAUAAAAAGGUGAGUCAUGAUAGUAUUUACCACACUCCAGCAAACUCACACACAACUACACACUUGUGUUAGGCUUGUGUGAGCAGGUUUCACUCAUUUAGACUAAAAUACCUUCAACUGCACGUUAUGAUAAACAUGCGAAAUUACAGAUUUGCACAUGAGUUAAGCGUAAUUGUUUGUCUACUUUCCACAGUCUUAAAUGACACCCAGGUUUACGGCCUCUGACCGCGGCCUCUGCGUGUAUUUCUUUUCUUAAUUGUAGUGAGCAGCGGAUCAAAAAGCUACAGUAACACCAAGGUGAUGCUUAAGAAACACAUGACCUCAUGUUUUUAAGCUCCACUAUCCCAAAACAAAGAGUCGUCAACGGUUUUAUCACGUAUAACGUCAGAGUGGCAUUAUGUGUGAAUUAUUAUAUGUUCUUUUACAUUGAGCUGUUUUAUGACACUGAUGUAAUCGAUCCCGCUAGAUUUUACGACGACCCCAAAUGGUGUUAUUGAAAACCUCUUCUAAUGAAACCCCUCCGGCUGUCUGCAUGUUGGAGCAGCGAGUCUUGAAUCCAAAGGCCCGCUCUUUCCCCGUCAUACCUCCACUAUCUCUCCCGCCUGUGGGGACAAUUUCUCAUAGAUGUGACAAGCGCCAAAAGGUCUUGAACUUACAGAGUUUACACAUGAAAGGCUUAAACGUUCACCUUAGAGAGCAGAAAGUAUCCAUCAAUGAAAGUAAAGUUGGAAUAUAUUAAGAGAAAAGCUGCGUGAUAUUGAUGGUACAAACACUUGAACAGCCCAGUCAUUUAUCACCUCAAAUGUUGCUUCAAAUCAAUCAGCAACUCUUAAAAACGAUAUAAAUCGACUCUGACAUGAAAUGCUCAUGGAUUUUGAGCGGCUGUUUGUUUUACCACGCAGACAGGAGCUUAGUUUACUUAAUAAUAUCACAUCUGUCUGAGUGUUUGAAUAAACCUGUCUCUGAAAUUUGAAUGCCGCCUCUUGUAGUCUGUCAAACUUGGCAUGUUACUGUAUGUUGGUAUGUGCUGUAGGAAUGCUGGGAGGUCAUGAACUGGUCCAUUGUGUUAGUCGGAAGUGAGAGUAUUUUACUACACCUUCUUGACUUGUUCCCAGCUCCUCCUGAACUACGAGUCUUAGAAAUUACUUCAUAACUGGAAUUCUUCUCUUUGUCUUGGAUUUGUUCAAUUGUAUUCUCAUAUUGGUGUGGCAUCAAGAAGACAUGAAUACAGACUUAAAGGGAUAUUCCGGCGUAAAAUUAGACACUCCGUUGAGCGAUGAAUGUUGGCGACUGCUUGCUUCUCAAGUUAUACCAACUUUAGUAACGGAGCAAUACAGAGAGCCAUGCGCUCAACUAAAACGCCACUCUAUAUCCACAAAUAAUGCUCAGAACAGCUCCUAACUUCAUCAACAGUACAUAUAGGGUCCCAGUCAUAGUACUAGCCACCAAACAUCUUGUUAGCUUUGCCUGAUUUGAUUAGCAAAGAGACUAAACACAACUCACCCACUCUCUUCCAGCAGCCGCUUGUGUGUACAGAGACCUCCAGGCGAGUCCAUCGACUGCAGCGGGGUGACGCAGCUCAAGAAAGAACAUUUAUGAUCAUUACUUUAUCAUUUCCUUAAAGUAAUAAUCAUCAUAUUAAUCAUUUUGCACUGUAGACGCAGUAGUUUGUCUGCCUUGGCGUCUUGGUCUGAUUGUAUUUCCAUGAACUUCCACAAACAAACUAAAUUUUACGCCAGAAUAUCCCUUUAACCUUUCAUGUGAAUCGGCGGCUUUGCUUGCAGCGCUUUUAACCCGACAGGCCCACGUUUUCAGUGUUUGCAGACGCAUUUUGUUUGUGGUGCAGCCUUCGAGUCUCGUCACCGCCAAAUAAGCUCAAACCAGAGUGUGCCACUUCCCCCCCUGCCCACUGCUGUGUGUUGUCAGCUCCGCCACAUACUUUCUCUUUGACAUUAUCCUCCACUAACGUUUUUUUACGAUGCUUACAGUGAACAUUUAUGCAGCGAAUUAGCAGGGAGCCUGUGUGAUAAUGGGUACUCUUUAGGAGACUCAUGGAACUAAUUGACACCCCCAAAGGCUGGGAAAGUUCGGGCGGCUGCUCCCUGUCAUUAUCACAACUGCACUCACUUCUGGAGGCCACAGCAAUUAAGAGCACCUAAUGAUGGUGAGCCUAGAAACCCUGCUAAUUGCCCCAGACUGGCAGUAAGUGAGUGGGCCUGCACUGCAUGUCCCAAACACUUGAGGAAUGUGGGGGCUGAUUAAAGUGGCUGCUGUUUGGAGGGAUUUAGGUGAGCAGGGAGGAUGAUGUCCCAGAUCCACUCUGAGCUUCCUUUGCUUGUUUUUCAUACUUUAAGAUUAUCUGAUAACGGUAUUAUGCAAUGUUAGUAAUCAUUGACAGGCUUUUAUUGCUUUAUUUACAGACUUGGAGUAAAGAUCAUAAUUUACAUUCCACUGCUGGCCGCAGACUGCAGCUCUUUCUUCACUUAGUAUGAUAGUGAACUUAGAUAAACAUAUUAACCUGUGAUGAACCGUAACACUUCCAGUAUUUAGAGGUGUAAACAUAGCAGGGCUGUAAUUAAAGACAACAUCUUAUCUGCUUUAUGAGUUUAUGUUUAUGCGGCUCUUUGAUUAUCUCCAAGCUAAAGUAUGCACAACUAUGAACAAUAGAUAUGAUUGAAGGUCAGCUAAGUCUAAUACAAAGGGACAUAUCUUUGUGGUUAUAUAUGCGUGUUGUUGCAUGGUGUGUGUUCUGCUUUUACUUUUUAGUCUGAUGUUACGAUGUUUGGGUGCAGGCUUUAUUUUCCAAUAAGGUGUUAACAGUAUAUUUAAGACAUUAUGUCACUGUCUGUGUACACUUGUAUGUUAUUGGUCUUUUUCUGAGAUAAUGUCAGUUUUAUCCCCUGUCAGUAUGUGCAUGUAUGUGUGUGUGUUUACAUUGGGAGGGCGUUGAUGGGUUAAUGAAUCUGUAAUCACUCAUGUCAUCAUCAUUUGCGUGCCACAGAGCUCUUUGUCUGCACAUGCAGUCUAAAACAAACAAGAUCGGGGUCUAAGGACAUAUUUUACCUUCAUUACUGUAACUUUCUCAAGUAAACUAGAAGACCACUUUUGGAAACACCUGGUCUACUGUAAAAGUUGGAUUUUGUGAAGAUUUUCUUGAACAUUAACACAACCAGGCCCUCGAUAAUUUUGACUAUCUCUAUACCUUUUAUUUUGUUCUUUGUGCUGCAUUCUCCAAAGAAUAUUUAUGCUUCAGACCUCCAUGGAAAAAAAACUGCUUUUAGUUUAUUGAGAAUGAACUGAAGAGGCUUUACUGUGUGCAAACAUUAGUGUCACAUUCUGCAGCCAUGUACUUGGUAAAGUGGGUAUUAUUAUCUGUAUUAUUAUCUGUAACUUGGCAAACAAAAACACUAACAUUACCAAAAAAGACAACAACAAAGACACUGACAAUACUAGUAAGAAUCACACAACAUUAAACUACAACAAAUACACAAGUGAUAACAAAAUAUACUGAACAUAAACACUAAAAACAACAACACUUGCAUCGUUAACACUUAUCAUCAUCAAUACCACAAUAACAACAACAAAGACAUAAUAAUAACAAUAACUCUCACAACAAUCACAAAUACACAAACAACAAUAAGAGAGACAACAACACUGACAAGAACAACAAGUACAGUAACAAUGACUUAACAAUAACACUAACAACCACAGCAUAGACUCCAUAAACAACACAUAAGAACAAGUAAACAAUUAUACUUACAACAGCAAGAGAGAGAGCUACAAGAAAUACACUAACAACAAUCACACUAACAAGAACAACAAAGACACUGACAAUAUCAAUACAACGACAAAGAUGUUGGCAACAACAGAAACAGACAAACAACAACACUUUUAAGAUGUAAAUGUAAAACAAUAGAAAAACAACAAAUUUAACACCAACAACAACACAAAAGUAGACGAAAACAACACUAACAACAAAACAACUUCCACCAACAACGUGAUAACAACAACACUAAUAACAGCAACAGUUACUGUGAUGCUUACAACAGCAACAACACAAGUAACACAAACAACACAAAAAACUCUCAUAACCUCAAUAUUGAUAUCACAAUAACAAUACCCUCAGCACUGACUUCAACAACAGCAAUAACAACAAGAGUGACAACAACAACAACAACAAAUUUCACAAUUUUUAACUUAGAAAAAGUCGAACAAACUGGUUUUGAUUUAACUUUGACAGUAAAUCUGCUCGUAAAUCUGCAGACUCACAUUCUCCAUUCCCUUUAAUGGUUUUCCCUCUCAUGGAUCCUCGUUGUUUACAGAGAGCGGCUCGGCCGACGUUUCACACCAGGGGAAACUAUGAUGUGACAGACUGUAACAUUUACCGCGCUGUCAUCGUCAGUUAACAUUUUAUAUCGUGUAAAAAUGUGGAAAGUCUAAUUCUCACCAGGAAUAAGAAAUCUACAUCUGUGACUAGUCUUUCCUGUCAUCAUGCUGAGUGGAUUUUUGGUGGAUCAUGUUCAAAAUUCAACUUUAUGAUUCAGUUUCCUCAUUUAAAGAUGAUUUUUGUCAACAAUAUUUGUAUUUGUGAUAUAUAUAUAUGAUUGGUUCUCUAAUAUCCAAUCUCAUAUGCUUUCACUGUAGGUUUUAACUUAAGAUUUACAUCCUUAUGAUUCUCUAGUCUACAUCAGAUUUUGUGGAAAGCGUAAAUUUUCGUGCAAAGUGAACUGCAUGAAUAUAUAAAACACCCCCCGGAACAGCGCUACAAAACAAUGAACUCUCAAACUGAUUUAUUUAUGCAGCUCUUUAGAAAAAACACAGCUACCCAACUAUAUGUCAUACAUCACCCUACACUUGUAUACUGUAGAGAUAUACAUUACACACAGUGGUCGCACUGAAACACAACAAAGCAUACCCCGCUUUGAAGGCUGUAGUUUUUGUUUGUUUCACUUGUCUCCCGGAGGAGCAUUUGGAUUUAAUGAAACCCCUCGGCUUCGCAGGCACUUUAGCUAUGUUGGUCAUGUGUCUUUGGUUUCAAAUUCUUCCCAUUCUUUUUUGAUGUGGUUACACAAUCCAUGUCAAGGGGACUUAAGCGAGUGGAGGAGAAGUGUUGCUGGAGAUAAAAGCCAGCUUUGGCAAAAAUGUCCCUCAUCUUCACCUGAUGAUCUGAUGUCAGGACUCUGAUGCUGAAAUGUACAUGCUGGGUUCCCACGUUUCACUCACAACUGUUUUACUCUUUCUGUUUUGACAGGAGUGUGUGCUGAACUGAUCCUUAAAUGGCGCUGACAGUGAACCUAAUCGGCCCGUCACCAUGGGGCUUCAGGAUAUGCGGAGGACGGGAUUUCAAGAAGGCCUUAACUGUAUCAAAGGUACAAAAAAACGUAAAGCGUCUGAACCGCAUCACAUCUUAUCAAACCACAUCCUCUGUUUUUUAGCGAAGGCUCAGUCUGUAAUGGCAUGUCACGCAAAGUCAACUUCCUCCUCACUGCAUCUCUCUUCUUGCUUUUGUUUUUGUCCGUCGGCGGUUUGGUACCUAUUUCCUCGACUACUGAACCCGUCAGAAAAGAAUGGAAGUCGAUUACAUUAGAAGGAAACCACUGAUUACAGUAACAGUGGAAGCUGAGGUGGGAGGUGAGGGGUUCCUGAUCCCAGAGUGUAGCGUGUGCAAGUGAGGGUUUUGUGUUCCCUGUGCUGGUGUGCAUGCAUUACCACGUGCACUGGUAAAAAAUGCACCCCGAGCAUGUGCUUGUUGUUUUUAUAGACCGAAUUUUCCGAGUCAUUGUUUAAAAAAGUCGAGGCAGAAGUGGAAGAAGUGGAACCUUACCGCUGUAACCAGACAGCGCAGUAAACACCACCAGGAAAUCUUGCCUAGAUUAAAUUUUGCAUGCCAGAGACACCCAGCUCUGCCCACUGCACAGACUUCUCUCCGAGAUAGACUCCUCAGUUUGGACUCAGAGAACCCUCCAACCCAUAAAUGAUAAAUUACGGCUAAAGCAUGGCAGGGCACCCACAAUUCACACAGACACUGACUUCAAAAGAAAUGAUUGUUCGCCCCCUCUUAACAACUUCUGCAGGAAAAACAGGUCUUCCCAUGAUUGAUAGAGUUUAAGUCUGAUUUUGUUCCUGCUCCCAGUAAACAACACCAGCAUGUUUGCUUGUCUCAAAUAUCAAACGGGUUCUCUGAAGUGACAGGGAUCCCUGUAGAGACAGAAACUCCACUGCUGAGAUCAGUUUGUAAAGCCCAGCUUGAGCAAUGUCUUGUCUCGCUCUCAUCCCCCCCUCCGCCCCGCCGUGAAGCAACCACGGGGUCGGACCAUCUGAGGUGGUUGGUGCUUGGCAGAGAGACACAACAUGGAUGCCCUCGUUUCUUUUAUUCUUGUUGUCCUCGAAGAUAGCUCGGGCACAGACUCUGGAAGAGAGCCCCCGACCGCUCGCUCGCAGUGUUUAUGUGAAACCAGGCGUGUCCUGAUCAGAAAAAAGCACACACUAUUGUGGAUCGCCACAGCAACACUUAAUUACCUCUGGAGUGGGCCCACAGACAUGGCACCUCUGCCCUCAGGCCCAACAAAACCGACAAACACUUGGUCAACCGGCACUCUGCGUCCAUUUAUACACAUCAUUUUGACUUUUAUCUUUUCAUAUUGGCUCGUUUUUGUUUUCCACCACAUUCUUGGUUUUAUUGCCCUUUUCUGUUUCGGAUUUAAAGAGUUGAGUAAUGUUUGCGGCGGAUGUCAUACUUCUCUCAAAGUUAAGCGAGCAUCACCCUCGAUGGUUUUCUUUUUUUGUUUUAGUAAAAGUCUGUGUGUUUGGAUGAAUGUGCUAAAACUGUUUCAGCCCAUUACUGUGGAAUUCCCUCUGAUGUGAGUGUAUAGCAUUGGCUUUGACAUGCAGGGAGGCUGGAUGCAAAGGUCAAGCCCAGUCAAACCAUCAAGUAGUGUCACACUAAUGACUUGUCCCUCAGGGUGUCAUAAAUCUGUCUGCUGCUGCUGCUGACUGUCACUGUCUGAUCCCACGUGCACCAAGUGUUUUGGCCUCUUUUGGUAUUUACUUUUGAAUUUAUGAGUUUUUUAUGACUUAUAUAGAGAGAGACAGAGAAAAUAAAAGAGUGCAGCAAGUGUGAAGCAAUUGUCAGCACCUUUUCUGAACGUCAACCCCUGACAAAUGAUCCACACAGCCGUGAGACGCAGCGCAGCCCACGCCUGACAUUAAAAGUCGUGUUUAGAGUACGACCCGGGGCCAGUAGCACCUAACUGAGAGGCAUUCAUCUGUUCAACAGGUCAACGGGGGCAGCAAAGCAGAGAAAGCAGCCCUACAACCCGGUGACAUUAUCUUGGAGAUCAAUGGUGAAAACACGGCGGACAUGCUGAACGUGGAGGCCCAGAACAAGAUCAAAAACUCCAAGACUCAGCUGCAGCUGCUGGUAGAGAGGUAUGCUACUCUUAAUUGUGUUGUCCUGUUAUGCAAAACAACGCUGCGCCAGAGUCUCUUCUGCAGCUCAGCUCCCCCGCUCUGAACUCCUGAAACGUCUCCAAUAUUUACUUCCUGCAGUGAGCGCGGUUCGCUCCAGCUCCCAUCUUUCUUUACACUGUUUUUAACUUUAUCAUGUAAGCCCUGUACAAACAACACAAAGCGAUUGUUAUCAGGGGAAAUGCCAGCAUGUAUGAGAGCCGCCGUUCCCUUCCCUCGUCCUCCUUAAUAAACCGUGUUUUGAGUUUUGCCAAGACUGUGUUUGGAUAAAAGCGAGCUGGCUGCUGAAAAAAAAAAAAGUUUAUUUUGAGCCAGGGCUCCUCUUGGCUGGCAUUUUGAUUAAAGGUCCUCCCUAAAUUCUCCUUUUCUUGUCACUGCUGGCCCAUCGGUCCCUCUUUCUUGCGCAGUCACACACACACAAACGUGUAAACGCACACUCUCUCACGCACGUGCACUUUCACAGAUUUCCUCCUUGGAUGUCCCCGGUCCAUGUGAGUGAAUUUUUCCCCGCUGACCUCAUGUCUCGGAGAAAGCCAGAAACAACACCGGUACUCCUUGCCCACACAUGCAGGACAAUGCCACUGUGCCAUGUCUUCAGUCCCUCUCUGUGUAAACUGUUGAUGGUUUUCAGCACCAGAACUUAAAGCCUGCUGUCUGAAUUUACUUCACAUUAAGGUCACAUGAUUGAUGAGUGGGAUUCAGAUAGUGAGUAUGUUUAAUAUGUUCUUGUUUAAUUGAGUGGACUCCCUUUUCUUUCCAUUUCAACAUCUGGUUUGUUGGCACUGUCAGUCCUCUCACAGAUGGUGUUGCCCAACGAAAGCAGCUUGAAUCAGCUCUUCCUCCAGAGUAGAGAAGUGGUGUUUGAAGGCGUCUCCUGCAGUGUUACAGUGGCAGUGGUUUGUUUGCAGAGCAACAAACAUUUGCAAACCCUAUUUAUUUUUACAUGACACAGCAACCGCACGAUUUCUGUCUUGUCAUUUUCCCUGAAGUUAUUUUAGUCCUGAUGCUUUUGCAGCUUCUUAUUUGGAUUCAGUUCAUUGAUGACUUUCUCAUGCUUACAAUUACUCCCAUUUUAGCUUCACUCCACUGGCUACACAUACAUUUUAGGGUUUUAAAUCCCUGUAUAGUCUCGCCCCGCCGCACCUCUCUGAGCUUCUACAUUUUUAUUCUCCUUCCUGGUCUCUCAGGUCAGCCGAUCAGCUGCUCCUGAGAGAGCCCAAAACAAAGCAAAAGCUCAGAGGGGAUCGUGCCUUUGCUGUCGCAGCUCCUAAACUUUGGAAUAACCUGCCUCAGCACAUCUGACAGGCCUCCGCUUUGCCUGUCUUAAGACCCACCUCUUCUCCUUGGCUUUUAACAGCCAGUAGGAGGUUGACUUCAUUUAUUUUAUUUUAUCCAUUUUAUUUAUUGUUUGUUUUUAUUUGAUUUUACUGUGUUUUAUUUUAUUUUUACCUUAUCUAUUGUGCUUCCGUUGUUUUAUUUAUUGUAUUUUUAUCUGGCUUUGCAGCACUUUGGGAACCUUGCGUUUGCUUAAAUCGUGCUAUAUAAAAUAAAGAUGCACCGGUCCUUUCUUGUCCGAUCCAAUCCGAUACUGAUACCUGGGCUGAGUGUAUCGGCCGAUAUCCAAUACCGAUCCAAUACUACUGUUGAAGGAAUGAAAUGUAUACCUUAGGGCCCCGACCGAUAUGGAUUUUUUGGGGCCGAGGCCGAUACCAAUUACCGCUGAUCGGUGCCUCCACGUCCUAACUCAUGUUACUCCAUUUCCGGUCUGGUCUCACCUGGAGACAUGCAGCUGCCUCAGUAGGAAAAUUAGCUCGAUCCCAUAAUGUGUACUGUUGUUUAUUCUACUGUUACUGGCACGGCUAACAGUGUAGCAAGGCUAAUAGCAGAUGGCUAACUUUAGCUUGCAUAUCACAUGGUGCUUCACCGUUAACUCAGCGUGACCAAGAUCAGACUGGAUCGGAACGCUGGAUCGGCAUCAUUCAUCCGAUAUCCGAUCCAGUUAAAUGGUCAAUAUUGGAGCCGAUAUCCGAUCCAAAUAUCGGAUUGGUGCAUCCCUAAAAUAAAAUGGAUUGGAUUACAAUUAAAAAACAGGGAUUAUCUCCCUGUGAUCCCAAGUUAUGAUACAAGCAUCAAACAUUGUACACAAGACCAAUGUUUUAAAAGUAUUUGUUUACCCUGCAUGAGAAGCUAUUGCAUUUCUUUCUGUCUCUUCUGGUCAGUAUGAAGAUUAUUGUUUGUCGCAUGCAGCAGUAUUCUUAUAAUGUUUACCUUUUGAAGAAUCAGCCCUCAGGUUGUUUUACUUCACGUCUACUUGUCGACAGCCUGAACCAGCAGAGGGUUUUUAAGUGCUGGUUCGUCGCACAUUUGCACCCCUGUGGUUUAAAGUCACAGUUAGGCUUUCACCAGUUUCUAACACAUAUUGUCAUUAAAAUAGACACUGACUCUGGCCUGGACGCCGACCCAAAAUACACCUCACUGACCAUGACUUCUGGUGUUUUGCUGUUUCAUGGUAAAAAAGUGGAAGUGUGAAACACAAGAUGCACAUUUUUCAGCAGUAUUAGUUCCUUAUUUAUGACUUUUUCAGGCCGGCAAACACAAACGCCUCUCCUACGGGAAGACAUGUCUUAAAGCUCCUGUAUCAGUUUUCAUCGUCUUGCCAUCUCUUUCUUGUGCACUGUAUGUGGAGCCCAAGCCACAAGAGGUGUGUUUCUGGGUGAUUUACCACAGGCAUCCAGGCCUUCCUGUGUGCCUCAUUACCCCGGGCUCAGCUCAAAGCCAGUCAGCCUCUGGUCCUGCAGCUGGAAGAGGAGGAGGAGGAAGAGGAGGGGGGCACUCUGUGUUUGCAUUGGCGCCUAUACUGCCCAUAUUCCCCCCUCCAAAUUCAGUGAUGGAAAUGCUCACAGAAUAUGUUUUCUAUUUAAGAAAGUCAAACAAAAAUGACUGGUUUGGAAAGACGAGAUCCAUUGAGAAAAUGUUUGAAAGGGGACAGAGUGUGCUGCUGUGCUCUUCGUCUGCAGCGAUCUCCAAGAUUCAUGGGAACAAACUAAUCUGUGCUUGCCAGGACGGUUUAAAAGAGACGUCAAAAAUGAAUUUCAACAGAGGAGCGUUUUGAAUUAUGACCCUUCAGGAAGUGUAUCAUUUUUCCUCAGCUCAGCAUUUUCCUGCUAGUUCUUGAACAUACUACAAACUUUGGGUGCACCAGCUUUUCCAGAUUGUCAUGUACUCCAAUUGGAAGAAAAACGUUCUUAAUUAGCAUGAGCAGACGUAGUCAAAUUAUUUCCAGGAGCAGUUGGAUCAGACUUUUUCUACAUGCUUGAAUCAAACUGUGAUGAUGAGACAGAUAGUUGACCUCUGUUGAAUUUCUGUCAUUGCAGACCUGAACCUGCUGUGCCUGGGCAGACCAACGGCAUCAGCACCCCUGAGCAGCUCACCGGACGCUUCCAGGUCAGUGCUGCAGCUUCCCUGGAGUCUUUAAUCUGAACACCUGAGUGCUCGUCUAAAACUAUGAUCUGUGUGAUUACACCUAUUUUAUUUACAAGAUGUUUUUACUGCUCUCCAAUUCAUCCAGCUCACAUCUGUUUUCUUCAUAUCCGCUUGUUGUCAAGGUGAAUCCUGUACAAGUCAUGUUUCUGCAUUUUAUAGAGAGUCCCUAACCGGCAUCUAUAAAACACACCAAAAAAACUCUCUAACUGUUUAUGGACAACAUUAACUUGUGUGUACUUGCGUGUGAGGACACUCUCACAGGUGUCUUCUCUGCCUGUAAAUUAAGCCGUUCACUCCUAACAUAGUUGAAAUUCAGCAGUAAAGGAUUGAGUUAACGUUUCUCAAAUGACGUGUCUUUUAGGAAGCUGUAAUCGUGAGCAGAGAUGAGAAUCAGAACUACAGAGAGUACAUCUCCAGCCCUGCGUCGCUGUCAUCCGGACCUUAUUCACCAAAUCCUCCUGCCAGUCCCGACGGGAAGAAAGAGAGUCUGACACCCACCAAUAAGAGGUAUCUCAAGCGAUCAGAGUUGCUAUGUACAAAAACACAGGUCAAAUUUCGCCGCCCUAUUAAAAUAAUGGGCUAAAUCAUUUUUUGAUCAUGGCACAAUCCUUUCAACUAAGGAUUUAGGUGAUUUUACCAGAUAUGGCCAGAAUUAUCAAGAGAUGAUUUCGGCCGAAAACUCAUUUUCGUCAAAAAUUUUAAUAGAUUUGUGUUUUACUGUGAAUUUUGUUAAAUUCAGUCAUGGUGAGUGGCUGCAUUACAUGUCUGAGAUGGAAACAGACAUGUCAAAAGACUUUAACACGUUGAAUAAUAAAAUUUGAAAACAACAACAACAUAAAAAAACGCACAAGCAUUUCUAGAAGUUGUUGGACCAAUACCAAACUCUUUCCUGUGUUGUUACUUUUCUUUGUAACUAAAGGAAAGGAUUAUCCUGUCUGUAGUCAACUCCAUUCGAUCUGGUUACAUGUAAAUAACAUUUCAGACAAUCAGACUGAAACUUUAGCUUAAAAGGACAUUCUUUCAGCACCGACAGGGUCUAAGAUAAAGUCUAAGGACAUUUCAGGGUCUGACGUUUCAGACGGACAGUCGAGUCUCUUUCAGGAACCCGUCCAUUCACCGCUUAAACAGGCUCGAAAACGUAACAAAAGGUUGCAACAAGUGCUCUCUUGACUCCACAACAGGCGCACAGUCAAUAGGUUUGGGAAUAACAGGCCGAAAGUGGAGCCAUGGGAUUGUACUGUAGUAACAAAGGAUAUGCACAGGAUAUCACAUUCCAGCGUUUGCAUUCAGGUUAACAAAAGGCAGAAUGUGGAACGUUCACCGCGCUCUCUCUGAGCGUGCCCGUCUGUUGACUCUCUACCGACAACUUUUACUGGGUUACAGGUCAACCUCGAAUUUAAACACUCGCCUGAAGUGAUGGAGACUCUGUAAAAUUGUCACUUUUGGAUACAUAAAUAACUAAAGAAAUGUUGGUUUAUGUCCAUUAAGCCUCAUUGGUGCAUCUAACUCUGCAUGUUUUCAUUAUAAAUCGCAAGAAUGAGAACGAGCGGAGAAUCCAGAAAAUUUACAAAUUUUAGCAGAGGUCCAGGAAAUUUGAUUUCUCUGUGCUCCAACUGAUUCUCAAAGUAGUUCAAAGUUCACAGCUAAAAGAGACUCAAUUUAUCUUUGCAGCUCUGGUUGUCCACAUACCACUUGAGCAAAAUCAUGCAAAUAAAAUAACCUGACAGGAGCGUAAUUAUUUGGCCAAAUCAGCAGAUACCACAUCAACUGAAGCACUUAAUCAAAUGGAAGAUAAAGUGAAUCUGUUGUUUUUAUCUGACAGUGUCCAGCUGCGUUCGUGGUCUCCAGAGGAGAGGAGUCAGGGGUUUUCCAGACCGCUGUCACAGGUUUGUUUUAUACUUUUUUCUCAGUAUUCUGCUUAAUAAGGAAGUUUUCAGUCUACCAGACUUUUCAUAGAGGACUACUGCGAGUUAUCUUGAGGAUUACUCUUCACCCUGCAGAAAAAAUAGUUAAAAGCCAAGAUAGUCGAAGCUUUUAUCAGUGUAGAGGCUUUGGUCCUUGUUGCAGAAGUUGCUGGUUCGAUCUCUUUGUUGCAUGUCUUCCUCCACUCUCUACUCCCCACAUUUCCUGUCCCCCUUCAGCUGUCAUAUCCAAUAAUACACCCUGGUAAAUAUACACUGUGUAGGAGCUAAGUCUAUACCUUAAGGUACUGAGAUGCUUGACCCAGAGUAACCUUGUUGACGUGCCGCGCUACUGGUUUUAUACACUACCGUGAGUUUUUAAUGAUCAGUAAGGGCCUGGACUCUGUUCCUCUGAUGAGAGGUAUUGCCAAAGUCCAUUUCGCAAUUUCCAUCAAACACCAAAUAAACAAAGAAAAAAUCUGGUAUUUAGCGGUCAAAAACCUUUUAAUUUUCCAGGUCAAUCACCUUCCCACAACAGUGACAUAAGUACCUUUUAUACCUGAGCCCCAGAUAACAGGACAACACACAAGUGAACUGCAAUUCAUUUUGGAUUAUCACAUUAACAUAUUUAGCUCCUUCACACUGAAUUACCUUACAUCUGUUUUUAAAGAUAAAGGUUUUUGUCUUUAUUUUUGAUGUUUCUGUCCCAGUUCUUAGCAAUAACAUUCUCAUAUUAUCAGCUUUAGUCUCUGAUGAAGAAAUGUCCUCUAAAAUCUUUAUAGACUCCACUGUGAUCUUUUUUACUUUACUCUACAGGCUGACUAAAGAGAGGGGUUUGACAUUUUUACAGUAGGGAGUGGGUAAACUUCAAAGGUCAGUCAUUAAAAAUAUCUGACAUUCAGCAGAACAACAGUCUGGAACAGUUUCAUUCAGAUCCCUCUUAGAAAAAAAAUGGCUUCUCUUUGUCAAAACAAUGACCCUAGCCUUCGCUUGUCUGAAUGGAGACUCAUUAGUCUCAGUAAGCUGUAAAAUAUGGCAUGUGGUAAAAUACAGACUUGGGGUUAUCAUGAGACUUCAGCUCAGCUAUGCUCUGCUUAUGUACCAGUCCAACAACAAAACCAAAACGGGCGACUCAGGCGUCUGGAAAGACUUCAAUGACUUAAAGAGUGAAAAUGUUGUGGGAAAGUUCGUCGUGAGUUAUUCCAGCUAUGUCUUGAGCGUGGGUCCCACUGAAGAUACAACAUGUGAGAUGACAGAGCAGGAAAAAACAUACAAGACCUUUUGCGAUGGCGCGAGGAAUCCUAGCUGUAUUUAUAACCGUGGACGUUACACAAAGUUAGAAAAAUAUUCAGAGGUUUGAACUUGAAAACAUCAGAGCGUUCCUUCUGAGAGGCAGCUGGCUGAGAGGGUCUGUUUUUAACAUUUCUCUUCGAGUUUGGGAUUCUUCGAGUUGUUUACAUGUUAAAUGAAAAUCUGAUGUUCUGUCACUCACAGCAGGGUCCAGUCUCUGAGACUCAGGGGGAAAGGUUUUCAUCCCUCUCACACUGGGAGAAAAAUGAACAGUAAGCCAUGUACGGAGGAUGCCUUCAUUAUUUAAUUGAACAUUUGUGACUAGGCCUCUAUUAAAUAAUGUGCUUCAGUCAUGAAAUCUGGUCCCAGAUAAAUAUAGUCUUGAGGAAUGCCAGAGCAGAGGCACUCCUAAUAACUAAUUUGAUGUGACUGUAAAGCCACACGGCAUGUUGUCUCCUUCCAAGUUGUUUUAGAGCAGGGAGGGUGUGCAGGAUGUCUGUGUGUGCAGACAUGAAUCAGCUCCCUGACUGGCUCUCUCUUCAGGCAAAAUCCACUGACACGAGUGUGAUAUGUGGUGUUCAUUUUGAGGAUGAAUCCCUCAGGCCGACUGGAGUUGAUGAAGUUGUCUGGCCUCAAAACUUCAUCUUUUUUUUUUUUUGGAGCAUGGAUCCUUUUGGCUAAAUAAAAUCACAGUUUAAGCCUUUCAGGUUAAAUUCAUGGGUUUUGGCUCUUUUUUAAGGGGAACUCCAUUUGUGCUAAAAAGAUGGAUCACCACACCUGACAAGAAAAGCACCACUUAGCCUGCAAAAAAAUGAUCUCCUGUGGCUUCAUCGAGACUUAAAAGAAGAAAUUAUCUGAGUUAUUUCAGAAUAAGUCUGCUGCAAACACGGGGUUGAGUUUCAGGUUGUUUAAAGUAUAGUUACUGUGAUACUUUUUGAUAUGCCUGUUAAAAACAUCUGCCAUUUUUGCAUAUGAUUGAAAAAUUUAUGAUUUAAUUGUUUUACAGAUUCAGAGAACAAAUAAGACACACUUAAACCUGAGCACAAACCUGCAGGAAUGUGCUGUUUUUUCUAAUUUAAAGUACCAAAGCUUAGCUUCAUCCUGCCGGCUCCAUCUUCUUCAAACCUGCAGCUUUUACUCCGCAGACAGAACUCUUUUAUAGCUACCUUUGCUCUGACCCUUUGACCUUUACACAGACACAUUAACUAGGGGUGUCCCGAUACAGCUUUUUUACUUCUGAUACGAUACCGAUAUUGUAGCCUUCAGUAUCGGACGAUACCGAUAUUGAUCCGAUAUUGGCACAAACUUGUGCAUGACAAGUCUGCAAUUUCUUUUUCAGACUUAAACAAUACUGCCACACAGUCGACAUCACUCCUACUCCUUGCUGCCUUGUUAGUACCUUAGUACACACUGUUGUUGUGAUCACAUGGGCUCUGCAGGCUGCAUCCGAGCGCUGCUAGAUAGAGGUGCUGGAGCAGAGUCUGAAUUGACUGCUUAUAUUGGAGUGCUGAUAUCGGAGAUUUUAGAUGCUGGCCGACACCCCUAACAUUAAUCAUAUAGUCUCUUUUAUCCAAAACAAGUAGGAGAGAGACAUCAAUGUUACUUAAGCAACUGUGUAUUUUUCUGUCCAAACCUGGUAAAUGUUUCUUGGGACCUUUAAACUCCAGCGUUGAUUGUGAGUUUUGAAAUUCUGGAUUUCAAGUAUUCUGUUGUAUCAUGGGAAUGAAAAGAUGAAGUCUUUCUGGAGUUUAAUGGCUAAUUUUCUGGCUCUCUUUUCUUUUUCCUGCUGAGAUCAUAGGAAAGUGAAAAAGCAAUUUGUUUGAAACAUACAAGGACACUCAGUCAAACCUGCAGUGAUUUGGUCUAAUUAUCUGAUUUGGUCAAGAACUCCUCGAGUUUAGCUCACUGCUGUGAUAUUUUCAGGUCAAUCAUGGACUCGUAUCUCACUGGAGUCAUUGAGCGCCUCAGUCAAAAACAGAUUCUGAUGUUUACAGCAUCAGGCCAAAACCACGCUCAAAAACCCGCCCUGGGGUUACAGUGAGGCUCUGGCAGAGGACGAUUGUGGGGCAAACUUCCGCAUUGGCCAACCAUAAAAACACACGAGAGCUAUGUUGUGGCUUGGGGAUCAGUUGGCGAGCCCUCACGACUGACCAUGCUUCUGUCAUAGCUGCGCACAGUCUACCCAAGACAGCAUCGCAUGUUUGUGGUACUCAUGGAGUCGCCUGUUCUCGUUACCAUUAAAACUGAACCUUUUCCCUCAUUUUUGUUAUGUUGGGAUCCAUAUCGACUCGUGUCCUCUGGGAGAAAUUACAUUCCUCCGUUCUGCUCCUAUUCCAACAUAAACUUGGCCGUUUUGGCUUUGUACCACUCCUCGUUUUGUAUCUUUGAAUUAAUAUCAAGUUGUACGUUCUGAAAAGGCUGUAAUUUGAGAUGCUUAAUCACUGCCUUGUCCAUCCUUUUUUUCUGUUUUUGCCUGGUUUUAAAGAUGAUUUGGAUUACUUGUUCUUGACAUCCACAGUGUUUACCAUUAUCCAGCCUAGUAGAUGAGGAUUUUGGGUUUUGGCUGACCCCAUCCUUCCAGGCACGGCUACCCUGAUUUUUAAGUGGUGACGAGCCUCCUGCCACAGAGCUGUGAUUAGUGAGUGGAGCUCUUUCAGAGCGCUCAGUGGGGAAAAGGCUGGGAAGAGGCCUGCACUGGGCGCACUGUGCAUUAUGCUGCAGAGGCUGGCAGGAACUCAGUGAGUGCUAAGAUGUUGAGCCCCAAUGACAAGGGCCUCUGUCCUGUCUGGGAGGUGCAGAGUUCUGCUGUAUCGGGUGAUCAUCCUCUCUGAAAAGCUCCUAAAAGGCUUUUCCACCCCUGUUUUGGCUCCCUGAGUGAGGAGAGUGGGAUGCGCAACAGGAUCCCCCAUUUUCCAGGGUGUUGGAUGUCCCUGAGAAAAAGCCGGCAUACAAUAGUUUCUGUGAUUGCAGAGGCUGCGGAAGGCUGGUGCUGCUUUUCCCCUCGAGUCACAAGGCCUGUCGUUGUGCGAUGGGAGCUGGAGGAGACGGGGCCGGGGCGGAGCGGAGCGUACACCAGGGAGCCCGCUGACAUUCCCAAACUGUACUUAAGCAAUCACAGCUCUCCGCUCAGCCAAGAAGCUGCAGAAAAACACAGAGAUUUCACCUUUAGCUCCAAAACAGAACACAUAUUUAUGAUCACACACACAAAUUUGAAUUGCAUGUUAAAAGAUGACGAAUGACUCUCAUACAGAAAAUUGACUCGGCUUUUAUUGUUUUCUCUUUGGCUCUCGGUCUGCAGAGUGUGUGCAUUCGUCUUAAACAUUUCCCAUAAUGUAAACAGUCAGCCAUGUGAAUAGAUGUUUUUCAGGAAGUAGGUACAAUACAUCUCGAUCCAGCUCUAAAGGGUAGUGGGUUGCAUAAAAGGAAAGUGACCUUUUUAAUCACAAGGUGUGUUCAGGAUGAAAUUUCCCUGCUGGAGUCACAAGCUAUCAACAACCAACAGGCCUCUGAACUUCUGGAGAGGAAAACAACAUGCAGAGAAAACUGUAGACCCUCAACAUGCAUCACUUAAGAGAGGCUUUGUUGUGCACAUAUUUUAAUAUCACCUAGCUCACCACCAUGACAGAAGGAGAAAAGGCAUCCUUGUUUCCUGGAAGCAAGGCAUGAGAUUGUAUCCGAACGACUGUCAUGAUUCAGAGCGUCUGUUUAUAUCAUCAUGAAAUUACCACAGCAAGAUCACUGUUGAGAUGAGAAGGGCCAAACCCAAACUGCUUUGACCCGCUUCUUCACUACUAGGACCAGGAUCCAUGUCUAUGUUUGCAGUAGCUGCGCUUUGAGGUUCCUGAGGGUUGCUUUCGUGGGCUGCUUGGUCCUGACUUGGAAAGGACAGUUUCUUUUUAUAUUUUCCCUCCAGUGUAAGAUGUCCUGCAACAGUGUGACAAUCGUGCAAGCCAAGCUCUUCCUUGUUAUGCUAAAUCUGGAGCAGUGGCCUUGGCUGAGUGACAUGUGUCACUAAGGUUUUCAUUGAGGGAAGGCCGGGUAAGUGUUCUACCAUACACUGUCCAUCCUAUAAACUUCUCUGUCCGUCAUUUUCUCGCAUGCCAGCAGCUGGCUCUGUCCCGCUCUAUUCUGGAGGCUGUGGUGGACCGGAGUGCAAAGCUGCGGUCAUCACUUUGGAGGAGAAAUGGAUACUUGGCACGCAGGAAUAGAACCUUAGAUUAAUGUUUUUAAAUGAGUCUAAAUAUAAAACUUUAAAUUGCAGGCGCGCCUGGUGAAAGAUUGAAUUAUCAGAAAGGGUUUUAUCUUCAGAAUCAGAGACUUUAAGCGGUGCAUCAGGUUCACCCCCUCACCUACAGCUGCUUCUCCUUCACAGUUUAACGCAUGAACAUUUUUGUGCACGUCUUUUCCUUGACGUUGAUGGCUCGGAAUGAUGUGCUAUUUCAGGUCUGACAUGAGUGGGGCUGUUGUUUGGUUUGGCAGGCCGGCGCAGCGCUGGGCCAGGUCAGCAUCAGGGGAGCGGUGCUGGCUGCGGCCACCGCGGAGGGAUGUUUUCUUCUUCUUUUUCUCCGCACAGUGAGCUCUGUGACUGGGCAGUGUGAGGGCUUUUCACGUGGACCCGAGGCCGUUGGGCUUGGGGGUCCAUUGUGGCCUCUGCCCGGGGAGCAUGCCUCUCCUCAUCCCUCCUGAUUGAUCAGCUCGCCUGUUUUUCUUUCCCCUGGAGUGGAAAAGCAAACUGGAGCACUUUUGAUUCUCCGUGCUUUCCAGGCCCCUGGGCGCACUCACGGGGACACUGGGCCCUGAAAUUUUUAUGGGGCAAUGCUGGCUGAGAGAGAUCAGCCUUUUUUUUACUAGUUGGUGCUGUUUACGAAGGCGGUUCAGUGGUAUGUCAACAUUCCUAAAGUUGUUGUUAAGGGAACGACACGUAUAACUGCCCUGUAGUGCAUUCAUGCCAGCAAAAAUAGACAUGUCAGCAUAUAUCCCUCCAGUUUUACGCGGGACAACACCUACGUUUAAAAGCAGUGGUUACCAUGGCUCUGUUUGUUCCCCAUAAAUCAUAAUUGUAAAGCUGGUAAAAUGACAACUGCUGUUAACACUGAAGAGUAAUUCUGCUCCACCGACACCGUAAAACGCAUGCCUACCCGACGUUUUGGAUUUAUGCUGUCAGCCAUUCACAGAAAUUCCUGCAGAAAUAUGAGUAAACGGCUUUCCUACAUCGUAGCGUGUCGAGUUAUAAGUCAUAGUGUGAUGUUUUACAGGAGAGAAACUGUACCUCUGUGUGAAACCAAAGAGAGACAUACCAAAGAGAGACAUACCAUACAGUUCCUCAUUUGUCAGGUUCAUUUAUCAUUAGAGCUCCGGGGAUUUUCAGAGAGACCUUCCACCUGAAGAUGGUGUUGUUGUUGAUGGUGCACGCUUGGUUCAGCUUUUUGAGAUGAUUCUUAUGAACGCAUGUACAAAAAAGAGACCUCCACAUGACCAUUUUAGCCACUCCAGAUGUCUAAUGGGUUUGAUAUGCUGCUGCAGUCGGGAAUGUGAUUUUGAAUAAGUGUUUCUUUUUGCACCCUUUCAUUCAAUCAAUCAAACAGUCUUUAUUUAUAUAGCACUUUUCUUACAGGAUCAUGUAGCACAAAGUGUUUUACUCAGAAAUAAGGAAUAAAAGAAACAAAGUAUACCCGAAUCUACCCCAACCUAACCCUUCAUUCCCACCCCGCGAUCUAAACGCAACAGAAACAGUAUUAAAAUGCAUAAACUUAAAGAGGGCUUGAUUUCGUGGAAACAGGAAUGUGCGCACUGAGGAAACGUCAUUUUACCUUCACAAAUCUCUUUGAUUAACAUUCCAUGACAUGCAAACAUACCUUUAUCUUGACGUUUUUUUUCUCUUCUUCCUCUUUCUUUUCUCUGCUUCUGAUAGAUAUGUCUUUUUUUGCGACAUUGUUUUGCCCCACAACUACCAGCACGAAAAUGUUUUUACUUUUUUAAAUUUUUUUUUAUUAUAUACAUUUGAUCAUACAGAAAGCAUCACUCAUUCAUGCAAAAAAUUAAAAAUAUUAUUAUUUAUUAUUUUUUGAUUGCUAUAUGGGGCCCCCUAUUGGCCGCGGGGCCCUAAGCAGGUGUUUAGUUUGCGUAUGCCUUGGGCCGGCUCUGUUGCUGACUUUUGGUGGCUGUGUGCUUGAGUGCCUCCUUCAGACCACCUACAGUACAUUUUGGUCACAUGAGACAGCUUUGGCUGGACUCAGGGCUCUUAAAGAAUUCGCUGCCAUUGGUGAUCACACAAUCAGGUUCAUCCACAUGUAGUCUGUGAUGAGAUUUUAAAGUCCACAUCACAGAGGCAAAAAGUUUAUUUCACUGAGCAUCAGCAUGAAAACUUUUCAGUGUAUGAAUUUGUCUUUUUGCACUGAUAUCACAUCAGGAUUGAAGCAGCAUAAACAGUCUCGUUUUACUCUAACUGCAUGUCGUCUGAAUGACUGUAUACUCUGUAUACUCACAGUCAUCUCAUUGUCUCUGUCUCUCUGAUGCUCAUUCGCUCUCUAAUCUUGUACAUAUGGUUUAUAUCUGGAGCAGUUUGAUGGUGUGUGGCCAUGGUGGAUGAAUGGAGCGGGGGGGUAUUAGCUUUGGCUUCAUGAAGAUCUGUCGCUUUACUCCAUGUUAUUGAAUGCAGCGCAGUGUAAGCCUCGGCCAAGAAUUUAUAUGUAUGAAGCAUUUAAAGAGGAUUGAGAAGAUUGAGCUUGACUGCCAGAGCUUAGAGCAUUUACUGCAGCGUUGACUGGGUACUGUAUAGACAGGGCGCCUUUUUGGAAAAAAGAUCACCCGAGCACGCUCUGAAGUCAAAAUCCUAAUCUCGUCAUAGUUUGUGUGUAUUGAAAGUUUUGUGGAAUAAAGGUAAUUGGCUCAUCAGUUGAGGGAGGCUCUGUGGAGGUGUCUGUUGUCAGUCUGCACCCUCUAGUUCACUGAUGUGGGACAUGAAUCGAAAAUCAACGGACUUAGCUAGCAUGACGUCAUCUAGCGGUUUGUCCAGUGCUGUUUUGAGCCUUUAGCUAACCAUGUUGGCAAAUUGAAAAAUAUUUUGGAAAAAAGGAGAGGCUCUGAGGAGUAGCAAGAGGUUGGUAAAUAAGAGGAUAUCAGGGCUGUUGAGUGCAUGUCUGCAGCUUAUGAUUUAAGUGGUUUAUUGAGUAAAAAUAUGCAAGCCGUAUAGCUGCAUCAAUGCAGAUAUUCCCUAACAAGUUAUUUCCUUUUCAAAUCAAAAGAAAUAUAAAUUCCAACUAAACAAUGUAUCUAAAGGUAAGAAAACUAUAAAACAGUCAAAAUUGAAAAUACAUAUAACUAGGGCUGGAUGAUAUGGGAAAAAGUUUAUCACAAUAUAUUUUUUUCAUAUCAGUCGAUAUCAAUAUAUAUCACAAUAUAAAAAAUGAAACUUAACAUUGUUAUUGGUAGCAUGUCUUUUGCAAUACAAUAAGCUUCAACAUCUGUGAGGUCUUUGUGUCUCUUCGACGUUUUGUCGUAAGGCGUUGCUCAAGAGAAAGCGGACUGAAUGGUCGGCUCUAUCAGCUGCACAGACGUUUUAAUUCAGCACAUGAUUGCUUCUGUGCGAAGCAGACCCAGAGCAACUCCCCUUUUCAUUGGCUGUUCAUAUAGUCUACCAAAACAUGGCAGAAUGCCGACAAUAGAAAAGCAUAUUGACCAUGUUUUAUAUUGAUAUUGAGGGAAAUCAAUUUUUGAUAUAUAUAUAUCGUCAUUGUUUUAUCACUCAGCCCUACAUAUAACAUUUAUACAGGGUCACAGAGUCUAUAGGGUAGACAAAUGGGUUUUUUUACACUGUAGCUAAUGUUAGCAGAGCUAGCACCAACAGCCUUUGGUCCUCCUGUGCAUGUGUUGGUUGUGCCUGGCUCCAGUCAAGUGGUUUUAUAACAGUUUAACUAACCACAGCCUACAUCUAAAAUCACCAACAUUUUCACAGACCCACCUCAUGAGUUUUAUCAUUCAUCUGUGUUUGUUUACAUACAGGUAGUAGACUACUGCAGUAGUAUAAUGAUAUAUAUAUAUGUUGACCAGCAAGGUGAGUUUCUGCUGCAAAGUUGGGUGUUCAAACAUACACCCCCGAUGAGGAUUGACUUGCCUUUUUAACCAGCCUCAAGUGACCACCUGUAGUUUUGGCGCUGCUGUCUAAGCUUCAUUUUUUCAGUCCUGAAGGCUGCUGUUCAGCCUGAUCAUUAUUUUAAUCAUUAUUUUUAAACUUGAACCUUCUAUUAUGCAGCUGUGGUGAGAUAUAAAGCAAUAACAAAAGGUCAAGAAUGUUAAUGAGAUGAUUUUUUCUAAGUCCACAAUGUUCUGCGUUCAGCUUUAUGUCGUGUUUUAUUCGUUACAGAACACGGACUCAGUAAUACACCCUCGCUCAGACAUAAUUACAGGGCAGCUGUUAUCAGUGACAGUGGAUAACGACCAGGUUAGCGCCCGCCUCAGGUCCUCGCUCAGGACCUCCACUAACGCUCACUGCAGGAUAGGAAAUAGUGCAUACAGCUCUGAUUAUUACCCGGCCCAGGAUGUCUGCUGUCCCCCCGCCUCAUCGUAGUGCAGCAGUCAUGUCUGUGGUGGUGGAGACAGCGAAUGAGAAGUUGGAGCACUUUCUUACAGCAGGAUUGAGCUUCCCAAAAUAAAAGCACCCUUAGGCUUCUCUCUCCUGUGUGCUACUGGCCUGUGCCCUGUAAUUGAAGCUGCAGGGUGGUAAUGAUGAUGAUGAUGCAGAGCGGCUCACUUGGAGCCAGACUGAAGGCUUCUCCACCGGCCCUGUCUUCAGCUUCUCCCAUGGACCUUGAUCUGAAACAUCUGCCUUCUCUCCUCUCUUCACCAUUUCCUGUUUGUUUGUGUCUCGAUCGUCCACAGAGGCUUGUUUUCAGAUUCUCUUUUAUUUUUUUGACAGUUAACCCGACAUUUUUCCCGCCAGUACCGAACUUUCUCUUGAAGUAAAACCGCUCACACAUGGUCUCUCAUUCACUUUUUCCAGAUCUUAAAUUUUGGAGUUCGGUCUUCCAAAAAUGCUUUUAAGAGCUUUAAACUUUGUCUUAAAAAUGGAUUUUUAAUACAGACAAUUCACGCUGGUUUCCCCUCAAGUUUUAAAUGAAUAAAACCUGUUGAAAACUGUCGUGAAAAACACAAUCGUCACAUUUUAUCUCUGGAAACCUCUUUUCUAUUCAUACAUGUGGCAACAAUGCCUCGUCAGGUCACAUGAUGACACCAAUAAGCAAGUCCAGAAGUGAGAAUCUUUAUGUUCGUGGUUUUUACACAAUUCACAUGAACUGAUUGUCAUUAAUGUCACAUUUUCGCUGACACAGAAGGAUGAAGGAUGAGCCUCUCAUCCAGCACAUGCUGGGAAAGACUCCAGCCCCCUCCAUGCCUGCCAGGGAUAAGCUGGUAUAGAAAACGGAUGGGUGGAUGAUGAUUCAAAUAAACAGAAAGCUUCAACCAAACCCUCCAUGACUAGUUUGCCAUCUUUGCAGCAGAUGUCUCUUAACUGCAGGGGACAUAUUCAGCUGAAAUUUUCAAAACAAACAAAUGAAAGGGUCGAUUUUAUCAAGAUUGUGUUUGUUUAAUUCAGUCAAAUUUAAAAAAAAGGCAUCAUUCAGGAUGUUCAAAAGUCCCCUACCUCUUGCAGAAAUGGUUUGUUUUUGCAGACAUCUACCAAUAUUGUUGUAUCAGCUCAAGGCCAGCUCAGCAUACCAGCGACUUGCCCUAAUGAUCCCGGGUUUGUUGACUAUGAGCUCCUGAUUACAGCACAGCGCAGCUUUAAUCAGAGCUUCUUCCUCUCCGCGGCCACAGGAUCCAGGAGGAAUCGGCCAGCGACUUUCUCCAGUGGUCUCCUGCUCCCUGUGCCUAGACAAAAUAAUAGGCCUUCUUCAGCCCGCCUUCGCCCCUCCCUAACUUUGUUGAUGCAUGAGACGCGGGGGCAGCAUUGGCAGUGCCACGGAGCCGUUUACAUAGUAGCUCUGAGACCGGCCGUGUAUAAUGGUUUGAUGUCUAACAAUGGAGCAGUGAUGAUUUCAGAACAAAGAUGUUUUGGGGAGCCCGGUUGCACGCCACUGUCAGCCGUGCCAUGGUUACAGCUAUAAAAGGCUGGCAUCGUGGACUCCAGAAUAGAUGAUUGUGACGGAUGAACUGCUCCGGUGGUGCAGACAAGGUUUUUUUGAACCCUCUAAGGUCAAGCUCCUGUCACAGAGGAGCACUUUGUUUUUCUUUCUCCCUCUCCCUUUUGUUUUUCUUUACUUCAUUGCAUUCCUCCUGAGUCAUAUAGAUCAGGGUUGUAAUUCUUCGGCCGUUAGAGAGCAUCAGGAUCCACACUCAGUAGCCAGACACUUAUAUAACUGAGGCUUUGCUUGCAUUAGAGUGUGUUCAUAUGCGCAUACUGUGUGGCUUCACCGGGUCUUCCUUGCAGAAUCCCUAAAGCAUGCAUGUCUGUCAGGUAUAUAUGCCCCUGAGAUUGUUUCUCAGCAGGAGGGAGCGUAGACGCCUCUAUUCCUGCUCUCUGAUGAUAUGGAAUAUGUGAUCUUAGGAGUCCGCCGUUAUUAUUUCGGGUUUAUCCUGGGAGGAAUAGCAGCGAGAGAUCCCGAUGAUCGCUUUUGGUAAAGGCUUCCUGGCACGCACCGCUAAUCUGCCCACUCGCUGAGGAAAGAGAGGAGGAAAAUUGGACCGAAUUGAGAACAGAGACAUUGUUCAAAGAGUUGCCGAAUUGGAAGCGGGUGCUGGCUUUUGGACGCACAAAUCUUCAGCUCCAUCGGUGCCACUGUGUCAGCAUCCAGCUCCAGCAUCAGCUUCAGUUGCGCACAAGGGAAAAAAACCAAGUGGAGACGUUUCUGUGUAAGACUAAUGCCAGCUGAUGUCAGUGGACGGGGGGAAAAUAGUCAGUGAGUCUUAUUGUGAAACUUCUGCUCUCUGUGGGCUGUUUGAUUUCACUUUGAGUUUUCCUGGACUGUGUUCAGACUUAAAAUAAAAUAAUGACUUUGUUUCCCCGGCAAAUUGGAACUUCUGAAAGUGUUUGGAGACUUCUUCAUGAAAACAAACAGUCUUUUUUUUUCUUUUUUUUUUUCUUCGUUUGCAUAUUGAGGAGCGGUGCAUGACUGUGCUCCCUCUGUGGUCAGUAAGCGGCCAGUUUCAUGGUUAGAUACCAGACAGUGUUGUGGUUAAAACAAUUUGUUUGUUGAGAUUCCUGACAGUUAAAGUGUCUGCGUUGAGUUAUGAGCUGCGCAGACUCGGUCCAGGUGUGCAGAGUGUUUAGUGCAAACAUGUGCGUGAGGUCAGCUCCGAGACGCGGCUUACUAAUCUCUUUUUCUUAUGAAACAAUUAUCCUUUAAUAAUCCACUUAUUUUACUAUGAGGUUGCAAAAGUGUGUGGCUGUCGUUCAACUCUGAAAUUACCAACAACCUUUAAAAAUAAGAGUCAUCUUCAGGUUUGCUGAGGCUGUAAUUCAUGAGGUUCAUGCAGGUAUGUAGCGCCCUCUUCUGUCAAAAGAUGAACAUUCACUUAACUCCCUGAAUCAUGGUUUGUGGAGUGUUUGACUUUACUGGAUUUAAAUUCUGCAGAAGGAAAAUUUAAUGAUUAGGGGCAGUGUUUAUAACCACAAUAGAUAAUUAUGAGAUUUUAACUGCAUCUGGAUCCGAUUUGAAGUACACGCUCACCGUUUCCCAUCAGACCAACGCUUGGUUCACUGCCAAACAUCUGUUGCCACGUAAUUUGUCACCUAUCAGCCGAGGGGCUGAAGGGCAGCUCUAAUAUAAACGGCAAUCAAGAUAAAAGAUGUUGAUUUAGGCUGCUGUGAUCGCCGAGACUGAUGAGCCCGCAGCAGAGGAAUGCCGGGUGUGACUCAUGCAAGAGAAACUCUGAUUUUUUUUUUUUCCCAGUGCCCUGCGCUCUUAUAUAAACAACGAUAAGACGUCUAAUUUUAUUUCAUACUCAAUAACAUCCUCUGGUCUGCAGCGCUGUCCUUGCUGCUCUGUCCUCCACACAUGGCUCUUGUUCAUCCUGCUGGUAAAUCUCUCCUGUUUUGAUCUUGACUGAAAAUAUCCUACAUGUCGGCCUGUCAGACAUGCUUUAUUCCAGGUUGUCAUGCAGUAUAGUCUCCUCAGAUUUACAGCUUCCUGAAACAACGACUCUACAUUUGUUCGCCGCCAAUAUGUGAAGUAGUAAUCCAGAAAAACUGCUGCGAAAUUCCUGCCUCUGCUCUGAACGUCGCUCUUUGUGUGACUUUCUUUUUACAGUAACAUUGCAUCAUGGUCUAAGAACUCGCACGCUGCCUCAGUAGAUUCUUCAGCUCUGGUCUGCAAAGUCUAAAGGAGUUUCAUGCUAAUGUUCUCCUCUUUCUCCGCAGGAAUCCUCUCCUUCAGACUACAGAAGUAACUCCGUGUCCAGCAGAACCCCGACCCCACCGGGACGAUACUCACCUCACAGCCCCACUGAGCGGGACGCACCAUUGUCCCCCCGUCGUAGGUAAAGACCACUCGCAACACGAACACCAAACGAAGACGAAUGAAUGAAUGGUUUUAUUUUUGGUCACAAUAACAACAAAUGAGAAACAAACAGAAUUAUAAACUUGACCAAAAAAAGGAUUAGGCGGAAGCACAAUGCUCAUAGUUGCCUAUCCUUUACAAUCCUUAUAACAUCAUUUUAAUAUUUAAAAUAGUUGAUAAUGUUGAAAUAAGAUAAAAAAAGAAAUGCCAAAGAUGCUAAGAUGCUAAAACAUGAGUUGUUAUUGCUUUCUCCAAUCAGAAUCACUGUCAGCUUUCCUGACCACGUGUAUGUUCAUAAGGAUUCAGUUGAAGACAUAAUCUUGACAUCUUAAGGAAAACAAUUAAAACUUUCAGUGUAUCUUAUAGCAGCAAUUACAACAUCCUGUUAAAAAGGGACAUUUUUCAGAUGAUUUGACAGACCUUAUGAGACACCGAGGGUCAUGGUGUUUUGCUCUGACAGCUAUAGUUUUGACAUGAAGUUCUCACCUUCGUGCAGCUGCUCAUUUUUAGUGUCUUUAAGUUGUUUUGCAGCUGCCUGUAGAUUCGACAGCUCCAAAUGAAUUUCGAGCCUUUGGGAAACACUAUCUCCUGUCCACCACCUGCGCUGCAGUUUGCGUUUCCUGUCCCGCCCCCUCUGAUGAGGUGCCGCAGCUGUACUUUGACCCAUUUCAUAGCGUGCAGGUGCUGUCCAGUGAACAUUUUUUGGGAUUCACUCUGACUCAUCAGCGGCAGAAAUGAAAAUCUUCCCUCAGACUUGAUCAGAAUCCUUUUGUGUCCAACUGUCUCAGCUGGAGAACUGCUGCGUGUGUUUUCUCAUGGUUGACUUUGGCCGCAAACGCCCUCUAUCUGGUAACCAACGCUGGUGAUAUGACGUGUCAGUAACUGCAGUCAAAUCCAAACACUCCAUAUUCCCAAAAAAAGUCUGAUUGAACUCCCCCCUGAUCGGCCCCCUGUCUGUAGCCCCCAGCCUGCACACCAAACCUCUCCCUGCCGCUCCCAGCCAAUCACAGACUUGGUGACAUCCCAUGUUCCCUCCCCUUUGUGUCGCAUGGCCAAUGAGUUUGAGCCUGGAGGCACACCUUUCGGUCAGACUCUUGUUUUUCUGUCUGGUCUGGUUCAGAUAGAGGUGUGUGUUCUGCAUCUGCAUGUGUCUGCUCAUUUUCUUUUCCUAUGUAAGCUGCAGAGUUAGAAACACAGGGGCUGGAAAGAAUAGUUGAGCUCUCUUUCUGUUCCCUCUUUCUCUCUUUUUGAGGUGAGUCUUUUGAGUUUUGUCAUUUGGAUUUCUUUUGUCUGAAUGUUGAAACUUUAGAUGAGUUACUCCUCUGUGCUGGUUUGAGAAAUGUGGUUGUAAUUAAGCCUUGUAAUCCUGGACAUGUUUUGGCUACAUGCAUGUGCUCUGAUUAGAUCAUAGUCAGGGUUCCUCUGAGCCGGCUCUGGGUUCAGAAAACAGCUCACAUUCAUGGUUUUUAAGAGGACAGACCUUUUAUUUGAUGUUUGCAGAAGUCUGCACCGGACGGCGUUCCCUCUCACCCUCUCCUCUGUUAUUUGUUUCCCUCCCAUUUGACCUCGACUUUCCAUUCGUUUUUUUUUUUUUUUGAGAUUGCAAUUUCAGCAGGGUCGGGGAGUGAAGCGAAAAAAGGGGAAAUGGGCCGAGGGUGGAGCUGAGCAUGUGGAGAACUUGGAGGGUGUUCUUUCAGAGGUCUGUUUUCAAUUUGAAGCAUGCUUGGUGAUGCAGAAAAGAGUCAGAACAUCGCUUUGGUCGCAUAUUUUGUUGUCUUGUCUGUCGGCCACCUCGUGUUUCAGCCAUGUUUGUUUAGUGAGAGUCCUAAAGAAAACAUGCAUAAUAGCACAUAUGCAGCCACUCCUGAGCCCUGCUAGAUACCUCAUAUAAGUACAGAGUUAGUCAUUUAGUGGUGCAUCUUUACUUUGAAAAAAAUAUAUAAUCACCUUGAUGAUCAGGGUCCAGAGUCUCUAUGUGACUAACAGCUGAAUGACUCGGCAGACCGAGUCCAUCACCUGACCUCAACCAGCUGAGCACGUGUUUCACAGGCUGAAGGCAAAACACUCGGACACCUCUGCUGUUGAAGAAACCAAGCCCAUACUAAUGUUUGUGUUUUAUCAACACCACAGACAGACUGCGAACUAAGCAAUGAAACAGUAACUUAGUGUUUGCACCGUGGAGGUUUAGAGCAAACUCAGGUGUUGACCAAAGAGUCAAUAUUUAGGCAGGUUUGUGCUUUUAAGGGACAGGUUAUCAGGUUAAGUUGACUGACUAGCUGACAGGGAGGCUACAGGUUGGAAGCAUCAAACCACACCUGGCCUGUGUAGUGUACCAACCGGUUUUCACAGACAGAAAACGCUCUCCAGCUCCCUCCUGAAUUCAACUUUUUUGUCCCUUCUUUCCUGACCCUGAUUCUGCAGGAAGGGAUCUGUGUCCAACAUCGCAUUAAGUAUGGAAGAAGUAGUAAAAAUAAUGGCUUUCUUUCCUUCACACCAGGGGUAAAGAAUUUUCUUGUAAAAUGAGCUACUGUUCUUUCUUCUAAUGUCUUUAAUGGGGCUGAUGGUGUAAACUACCUGAAGGUGAAAGCUUCCUGUCUCCACCCACCUCCUCCUGUGCAUUAAGUGACAGGAAACACCCACAGGAUGAAAGUUAGAAGGCUGUUAUGUGACUUUAUCACAUGAAGAAGCAAAUCUUGUACCCGUUGUUUUACUAUCAGGCUCUGUCAGGCAUCAAAAUUCAGACAGAAAUCGAGUUUACCCUUUUAUUUACGAUUACAGAUGCUUUUCACGAGCUCAAUAGUGUUUCCCUUAGUGUAUUUGCCUUGAGGCUGUUUUCCAAGUCAGGACAAUAUCUCUUGUAAGUGGAUAUGUCAGAGUCCUGUUGAGCCUAACAUGUGUGAUUUAACCAUGUUUUGGUCUCUUGCCCGUGGUGAGCAAUCUAGACUUCAUGGUCGAAGGUCAAAGCCUCAAAGGCAGCUGCUGCCCCUGUCUUCAUUUCCUCUGGACUUAGCUGAACCAAACCCACAAGUCUUUCAUGAACAUUUUCCACACAACACAUCAUCAGGAGCUCGGUGUAUUGUUUCAGAGAACGCCAUAACACACGGUGCGUUUUUCUUUCUUUCUUCUCCCCCUACAGCAGUUCGAGCUCUGACUUUGCCAUGCAGAGGUUUGACAGGGAUUCGGAGGUGUACAAGAUGAUCCAGGAGAACAAGGAGUCCCGCACACCGCCUCGUCAGUCGAACACCUUUAAAAUGCUGCAGGAGGUCCUGGAGGCCGAUGAGAAAGGUAAGAGGCUCUUUGUAAUCAAAACAAGUUUGCACAGUCUGAAGGAGUGUUCAUCAAACACACGAUUAUGGACUACAGUGAUGCAUUACUUCUACCAAACUGAACUCUAACAAUGCCUGUGAAGUCGAAUUACACGUUCAGGGUCUGAUUAGAACAUUUGCAUUGACAGGCCAAAGCAAAUGGAUUACAUGUAUGUUUUAGAUUUAUGCUGCUGGUUUAGCCCUUUAACCCCCUUGCAUGCACUGUAAAACAAUUCAAGGGGGUUACCGUCAAAUGCAACAUAAAUUAUAUCUCCUACAGAUGUUUGCUGGCUGCCUUUUAAAGCCAUUUCUGCAGAACAAGCCGGUGUCAAGUCAGUCCAUCUGGCUUUCACCUGAGCAGGAUGUACAGAAAAGCUCCCCUGUGAGCACUUGAUGUUGUGUACGGCACAUCAUAGAAUCUAUCCGUCCCCCUCUCCUGCCCCCCGUCUCCGCUUUGAUAAAUGUCGGGGUAAAUAAAUCCAGAGAGCGAUAACAUUCUUUCAUGACGCGAUAAUGACCGAUGUGUGUGAAGCGCGUCCCGCGGGUGAUGAGCUGUGAUGACGAGCGGGGAAACACAAGCACGCUCCACUGACGGACAAACACGGUGCUGAUGUGAGGAACAGAGAAAUGCAGACCUGUCAGAACAGCGCUAUGAGCAGCUGUGUUAAUCUUUGUGUGUCUGUGUGUGUGUGUGUGUGUGUGUGUUUAACUCCAGAGGCAGCCCUGCGGUUCCCAGGGAAACUCUCACCCAACGCCCCGAAAACGAGCACAGCAGUGGGAGGAGUUCGGAAAAACCACACCUGUGAGAAGUGUGGCACCGGCAUUCUGUAAGUCCACUGUCACCUGCAGUGACACGCUUCCUGGAGCAACAAAGGCGUGUCAGUAAAGACAACACCUUGUGGGGAAAUAUGUACCAUACUCACUCGGCUUGUAAAUCUGUAAAUCAGAAGUGACGUUCCAUGUUAUAACCUACUAAAUUAUCUGUUUAUUGGCAUUUUCAGUUUGGACAUAAACAAAUCACAUGUACAUAAUAAACCCCCCCAGUCCCUUUAUUACCACCCCAUGUUCCCAGAUCCUCUAAAAGGAGUAUAACGUGAGGAAGAAAACAAAUAAAUAAAUAGUAAUAAUGAUAAGGAUAAUGAUAAAGAUAAAUGAUAAAGAUAAGUUAUCCUGAACAUACAAUAUAAAAUAAGGGUAUUGCAAAAAAAGGAAGAAAAAAAAAGAAAAAAACAGGGUCCAGAAAGAGAAAUACAAAUUAAAUUGAAAUACUGGGGAAGAAAAUAAAAUAAUAAAAAACAAAGAAAAAACAAAAAAAAGCGCAAUAUUCCAGAUCAACACUGUUCUUAAAAACUAGAUAUUUAACUGUUCGAUACGUGAUAUUCAAAACCUUUAAGGGGGAUUUUUUGUCAUUAUAUUGGCUUUUUUAAAACUGGAAGUUAAGAAGUGAGUCCUAUCUGAUUUUGACCGGCAUUCCCAGUAAAACUAAGAAUGAAAACACAAACCCACCCCCUAAAAAAAGAACUUUAUAAGAGCUCAUUCACCUCUCCACCCUCGUCUACUCACUAAAUACAGAAUAUAAUGUCAAAAGGCAACACAGUGAACAUAUCAGUUCAAUGUAGAAAUCACUUUUAGGUGUAUUUUCUUUAAUGUGUGUUUAACAACCCACUCAGGAACAGGAAUUACAAAUUAGCUAAAGAAAUGCACAGUCAGUGAGCUGGCUUUAUUCUACUUUUCACUGUUUGUUAUGAAAUGCCUUCAACCUCUGUGAAGUUAAUCAAACUCCUCACUUAAAAUAAGGACAUAACAAUACACAGGUGAGCGAUAUAAAGUAAGUGUUGAGGGAUACAGCAAAUGAAAACCCACAAAAUUAGUUUUUCCUAUUUAACACUUGCAUACAGGUGACAAUAAGUAAUAGUUAAGAAAAACAAACUCUGCAUUAAAGCCAAUACAGUCACUUAUCGUCUGACCGCAUUCGUUUCUCUGCAGCACGCUGGCCGUUCGCAUCACAGACGACCACUACCGCCACCAAGAGUGCUACACCUGCACAGACUGCGGUCUUAACCUCAGGAUGAGAGGUCACUUCUGGUUCCAAGACACGAUGUACUGUGAGAAGCACGCCAAGCAGAGGCACGAAAACCAAGUGAACAACCCUCAAGCCACCGUGUCCCCUCGCCAUUAAGCCUGUUUGCCCCCCCACCCCACCUGCUCUGCUCUGGAUGUAGAGUGCUGCACGUUUGCCUGAAGCUCCACCUCUCCUGACUCAGUUACAGACCUUUGAAAAUAGGGUGUGGAGGUGGAUACUGGUCAACGGUUCAGCACAGGAUAUGCUUUUCUGAUCACAUUUAACCACAUUUUGCAAUAUAAUGAUUCACUUUCUUAUAAUUGUAUGAGAAUUGGGGCUUUUUUUCCUCUUAAAUAGCCAAACCGCCACGGUCUCUUUAGGUUUAUUUUUAGCUCUAAUGAUGCACAGCUGCUGUGGACUUGAGCCACAUUGUGUUAAAAAUAAGGCCAGUUUCACAAACUCCAAUGCUCAAGACAAACUCAACAGGACCGUCUAACUGAACCCGAGGAUCUGGACUAUCAGUUUAACCUCCUGCUUGACUCAAAGGGACCAAAAUCUCACCUACACUGCAUGCCAACUUGAAGAUGUACUGUACUCAAACAGUGCCGUGUGGGUUCACGCUUUCACACGCAGAAGUGUGGCGGCUUCUGCUUGACUUUCCUGUGAGUGUGACUGUGUGUGCGUUUGUGCGUGAGAAAGAGAGAGGGAAGGUCGAAGUUGUUACAGACACAAAGCAGUUUGUUAUUUUUCGCGCUAGAGUCAGGCCAAAAGCCCUCGAGUUUUUUUCUAUAUUUCUUUUGUAAGAAGAAUUUAUGAGUAGAAAAAAAAGAAAAAAAAAACAUAUUUACUGGCUUGUUUUGCUGUUUUUGUUUCUUAUGAGGGAUAAUAGAUUCAUACAAUAUACAAUAUUUUGAUGUUUUUGUGAUUGAUCUGUAAACUUUGAUAUAGACCAUUUAAAAAGCAUAAUGUAUGCACAGUACAUUUAGUGUGAGAAGAGAGUUGAUGGUGAUGCAACAAUUGUCCAGUUACAACAGUACUCAGAGAUACACUAUGAUGUUUCUAUUUCAUGUGGCACUUAAUAAAACGGCACAACCUGAAGCUUCCUUGUUGAUGCGAUUUAAAUAUGUGCAUCUUGCAUUACUGCACACAGGUUCAUGUUAC